GCUUAUUUCUUUUCUCCCUUUUCCUCUUUCUUCUCCAGCCCGUUUCUGCUCUUGUCUUCCCGCUGCAACCCGAGAGGAAAAAAAAGAAAGGGAACCCAGCCAUGCCUUGGAAAAUUGGUGAGAAAGCUUGGAGAUUUCUCCUUCCUUCUUGUCCAAGAACCUGAAUUGGAACCCAGAAAUUCUCCCCCCUGCAUAAAGCUUUCGGAUCUGCCUUGCUCUGCUCCUCACCGUCCGGCUGCUCCUGCUUUGUGGGUGUGAUUUGUUCAGUUUUUUGCUUGCCGCCGGCCUCUUCCCCAACUGCAGCUCCGGUUUUAGCUGGAAAAUUCUGGUUCUUGAUCGUUCUGUCAGUUUAGUACGUGACUUGAGUGCUCGGUUUUACGGAUUGAGGUAAGUAAAUUUAUGGUAAUGCCUGUACUGUUUUUAAAAGCAUGUUUUGAUUUGUUUUUGAAGUGGUGGCGGGACUAAACCCGUUUUACACAAGCAUGACUGAUUUGAAGUGAAAUGUCUUAUGCUUUUCAUUAAAUUGAGCAUGCCUACUUGGAAUUUAAUUGAUUGUCCCGAUGAUUUGAAAGUGAUUAGUGAAUUAUGAAUUUUCUGUUAACUUCUGCCUGUUUUGUCUCCGAUACGGUCAUGUUAUCUUGUUGCCCGCUAGUGGGAGGUCAAACGCUAGCACAUGUCGACAUGUUUCUGAUAGAACCGGUUUAUUCCUGUAAUCCUGCUAGUGGGAGUUAAACACUAGCAAUUCCUGUUGCCUGCCAGUGGGAGGUUUAAACACUGGCCAUGACCUAUAGAGGAGACGUCUAUUUCGUUCCCGCACUUUUUUCCUUGUCCACCAUUUCAGGAUGUGAAAUCGAGGACGGGAAACCACGGGAAGUGACGAGUUAGAAAGCUAGCCAUUACGAGAUUAAUAUGGAUUUUUAGAAAUAAAUCAUGAUCUUGUAAGCUAGAGUGUACUUGGAGAUUUAUGAUAUCGGAGAAAUUUUAAAGAUUUGAUCUUCAGUUUUUGGUGCUGUUUUCUGCACUGUUUUUAAGCCAGAAAAAAAUUCUAUAUUUUUUCCAGGAAAAUUCUGCAUUUUACUGCAUUUUUCCUUGUUAUUUUCUGCAUUGUUUUUCCUUAGAAUUUUCUGCUCCUUGCCAAAUUUCUGGAAGUUGCAGUUACUGUUCACUGCGUAAUCACUGUUCACUAUAAUGUUUAUGGAUUACUGUUCAUGGAUUACUGUUCACGCACUAAUGACUAUUCAAUAUGAAAUUCUAUGGAACAUGUGAGCUGUGUAUGUAGAUAUUAGUAUACAUGAUAUAAAUGGCGUCAUGAUUAGGGGGUAGUCAUGGUGGUGAUUUCUUUUGGAUCCGUGGUAGUGUGGUUAUUAAUUCUGGAAUGUUUUGGUUAGUUCUUGAUUAUUCUGUCACCCUAGCAUUGGAGUGAGUUUUCUGUGUUAUGUGACUGAGGUAAGUAAAUUAUGGUAACACCUUUCGAUUUCAAAGUAAAAGCAUAUUUUAAAUUGUUUUUGAGAUGGUGGCAAGUCAAUCAAAUCUGUUGAAUUAUUGUUCAUAUUGAAACGAAUUGAAAUUCAUAAGGAGUUGGUCAAUGAUGCUCGAAUAUGUAAUUGUUUUGAGUGCCUAUUUAUUUUCUACUGGUAUUUAUGGAUUGAUUACGAGUCGAAAUAUGGUUAGGGCCCUUAUGUGUCUUGAACUUAUACUGAAUGCGGU